UUGCAGGCCGCCCAGUAUCAUGGCAAUAAGUACGUGCAAUGCGCAGUACAUCACCUCACCAUAUUCUUUGUCGGUCUCUUCAAUGCUGCAGUGGAUAUCGAUUUCUCCUAUAUGUAUAUCACCGAACACAGACCGCCAAAUAUCACAGCAGCAAUGAUUGUGUUCCUUCUCAGUAUACACAUGGUAUUAGUGAUAAUUUUCGGUUUAAAUCAGCAGGUUAUGGAUUUCGAUCGGGGCCUUUUAUACAACAUGGCCGAUAAUAAUCCUGGGGACCUAUAUUACUAUAUAGUUAUGGUAGAGACUGGCUAUCGCAUGUCGGCCAGUACUGAUUCGAAGGUAUGCUAA